AGGAGAUAAAAGAGCAUGUUAUCUGGCAAGUCCAUUCCACCCCCGGUGUAUUAAUUUCAGAACACAUCUGAAUUCCUUCUCUGUGGCAUAUGCUUUAAUAGAGGAACAGACAGCUCCUGGCCAGGGUCAGAUUCUGAGUUCUCCUCUGUUGGUACCAGUACCACUUUGUAGUCCACGUUGGAGAUCUUCCCUGAGCACAACCUGGGGCCUGAAGAUACACACCAGUGCCUCUGGUCAUCACUGUCUUCGGAGAAUCACAGCCUCCUCAAGACAGAGCAUCCGCUGCACUGAGCUCUGCUUUCAGAAGGAACUUGUCCCUGAGACCUGGUUGAAAGCAACUCUCUGGUGCCGUCCCCCCCAGCUAUGGAGGUGAAGAGCUUCGUGGUUUGGGAUUAUGUCGUGUUUGCAGCCCUCUUUAUCAUCUCCUCUGGAAUUGGGGUGUUCUUUGCUAUUAAGGAGAGAAAAAAGGCAACUUCGAGGGAGUUCCUGGUCGGAGGAAGGCAAAUGAGCUUCGGCCCCGUGGCUUUGUCUCUGACAGCCAGCUUCAUGUCAGCUGUCACUGUCCUGGGGACCCCUUCUGAUGUCUACCGCUUCGGGGCUUCCUUUGUGGUCUUCUUCAUUGCGUACGCACUUGUCAUCGUCUUCACAUCAGAGCUCUUUCUCCCCGUGUUCUACCGCUCCGGCAUCACCAGCACCUACGAGUACUUACAACUGCGAUUCAACAAGCUGGUUCGCUACGCAGCCACGGUCAUCUACAUCGUGCAGACGAUUCUCUACACGGGAGUGGUGGUGUAUGCACCUGCUCUGGCGCUCAAUCAAGUGACUGGGUUUGAUCUCUGGGGCUCUGUGUUUGCAACAGGAAUUGUCUGCACGUUCUACUGUACGCUGGGAGGACUAAAAGCAGUGGUAUGGACCGAUGCCUUUCAGAUGGUUGUCAUGAUUGUGGGCUUCUUAACAGUUCUGAUUCAAGGAUCGGCUUAUGCUGGUGGAUUACACAAUGUAUUAGAGCACUCAAGAAAUGGAUCUCGACUAAAUAUCUUUGACUUUGACCCGGAUCCUCUCAGGCGGCACACUUUCUGGACGAUCUCAGUGGGAGGCACCUUCACUUGGCUGGGGAUCUAUGGAGUGAACCAGUCCACCAUCCAGCGAUGCAUCUCCUGCAAAACAGAAAAGCACGCAAAGCUAGCACUGUAUUUCAACUUGUUGGGUCUCUGGGUCAUCCUGCUGUGCGCCGUCUUCUCUGGCUUGAUCAUGUACUCCUACUUCAGAGACUGCGACCCCUGGACUUCCGGCAUCAUCUCGGCCCCAGACCAGCUGAUGCCAUACUUUGUCAUGGAGAUAUUUCCCACAAUGCCGGGACUGCCGGGACUCUUUGUGGCUUGUGCCUUCAGUGGAACUCUGAGCACCGUGGCUGCCAGCAUCAAUGCCUUAGCAACAGUGACCUUCGAGGAUUUUGUCAAGAGUUGUUUUCCCCAUCUCUCCGACAAGCUGAGCACCUGGAUCAGUAAAGGCUUAUGUCUCUUGUUUGGUGUGCUGUGUACCUCCAUGGCCAUGGCUGCGUCCCUCAUGGGGGGCGUCAUACAGGCUGCCCUCAGCAUCCACGGCAUGUGCGGGGGGCCCAUGCUGGGCCUGUUCUCUCUGGGCAUCCUGUUCCCUUUCGUGAACUGGAAGGGUGCACUAGGAGGGCUGAUGUCAGGAAUCACCUUAUCAUUUUGGGUGGCCAUUGGGGCCUUCAUUUACCCUGCACCAGCCUCCAAGACGUGGCCCUUGCCUUUAUCAACAGACCAGUGUGUCUCACUGAACGAGACGGAACCGAUGUCUCCUCCAGCGCUAACCAGCAGACCUGCAAUCGCUGAGACCUGGUAUUCGCUCUCCUACCUCUACUACAGUGCAGUGGGCUGCCUGGGAUGCAUUGCUGCUGGAAUCAUCAUCAGCUUCCUAACAGGUCACCAAAGCGGCCAGGAUAUCCAACCACUGCUAAUUAGACCGGUUUGCAAUCUAUUUUGUUUUUGGUCUAAGAAAUACAAAACUCUGUGCUGGUGUGGAGUUCAGCAUGACACUGGGACAGAGCAGGAAAACCUUGAGAACGGCAAUACCUGGAAACAAGGGGACGAAUCGGUCUUACAGAAUGGACUUAAGCAAGAAAGCCUGGUCCAUCUUCCAGGCUAUGAUCCCAAGGACAAAAGCUACACCAACAUGGCGUUAGAGAAGAUUACCCAUUUCUAAGGCAACACACGCACACAAGCGCACACAUACACACACACACACACAUAUGCGCAGUCCACAUGCUUCUUGCCUUUUGGUUAGUAGACUUGUGUAGUUGCCACUGCUAGAAGACAGAGAUGUCUAAUGUCUAUUUAUAUGUAUUUAUGAGUACAAAUAAAGUGACUGUUCCCCAGGCUGUUUUUUGGAAGACCUCAACUUUCACAUGAGAAAAAACAGCCAAGCCUUAGGUACCCUAGCAACUUCCUUCAUGAAUGGAUUAAAACUGGAUUUCAUCACCGUC